GCGGUCGCUGAGAAACGCAGAUGCCCGUGUGUCUCGAGCGCUUAUUCCGCUGGAUGUUAUUGAUCCACGCCGCCGAGAAGAGCUGCAUCCUCCAUUCGUCCAGAAAUACAUCGGGUUUCGGAUUUAAACGAGGAUUGAGAUACAAUAUCAGUUUAUGCCGUUUAACAUUCCGCAUAAAAUAGGAGCUUUCUGUAAAUCCAGCAUAUAAAGCCCUCAUUAUAAAGCAUACAUCUGUGUCUGGAGCGCCUUUUCAUCACAUCAUUUCAUCAUUUUACAUUCAUCUGCAGAUAUGGACGAAGAUAAUCAAGUCCCUGAAGAUCUGUCCUUGGAGGAGAGAGACGAGCUGUCCAACAUACGACGCAGGAAAAAAGAACUGCUGGAUGAUAUUGAGCGGCUGAAGUUUGAGAUCGCUGAAGUGAUGACGGAAAUCGAGCAGCUCACAUGUGUGGGCGAGAGCAAAACCACACAGAGAAACAAACAAAUUGCAAUGGGAAGAAAGAAAUUCAACAUGGACCCCAAAAAAGGGAUCCAGUUUCUGCUGGAGAACGACCUCCUGCAACAGACCCCUGAAGACAUUGCUCAGUUCCUCUAUAAAGGCGAAGGCUUGAACAAAACCGUUAUUGGGGAUUACUUGGGGGAACGGGAUGAUUUCAACAUCAAAGUGCUCCAGGCUUUCGUAGAGCUCCACGAAUUUGCCGACCUCAACCUCGUUCAGGCUCUGAGGCAGUUUCUCUGGAGUUUCAGACUUCCUGGUGAGGCUCAGAAGAUUGACAGAAUGAUGGAAGCGUUUGCGUCCCGGUACUGCCAGUGCAACCCGGGAGUCUUUCAGUCCACAGACACAUGUUAUGUCCUGUCCUUUGCCAUCAUUAUGUUAAACACAAGUCUUCACAAUCCCAAUGUCCGAGACAAACCCCCCGUAGAGCGCUUCAUCUCCAUGAACAGAGGCAUUAAUGACGGAGGAGACCUGCCAGAAGAGCUGCUCCGGAACCUGUACGAGAGCAUCAAGAGCGAGCCCUUCAAAAUCCCUGAAGAUGAUGGCAACGACCUCACACACACGUUCUUCAACCCGGACCGCGAGGGCUGGCUGCUCAAGUUAGGUGGGCGUGUAAAAACUUGGAAGAGGAGAUGGUUUAUUCUGACCGACAACUGCUUGUACUAUUUUGAGUACACAACAGACAAGGAACCACGUGGAAUUAUUCCUCUGGAGAACCUCAGCAUCAGAGAGGUGGAGGAACCCAGGAAACCUAACUGCUUCGAGUUGUACAAUCCCAACCAUAAAGGUCAAGUGAUCAAGGCCUGUAAGACAGAGGCAGAUGGGAGGGUGGUGGAGGGAAACCACGUGGUCUACAGGAUAUCAGCGCCCACACCAGAGGAGAAGGAAGAAUGGAUCAAAUCCAUUAAAGCGAGCAUCAGCCGGGACCCCUUCUACGACAUGCUGGCCACCAGGAAGAGACGAAUCGCCAACAAGAAGUGAUGUCUGCAUCCAAACCGCUUCCCCAAAGCCUGUUCACGGCAACACACACUGCCUUCUGGGACAGCCUUUGAGCAAUGUUUAUAGUUCCUUUCUUGUGUCUCUAUGCGUAUAAAAACACAGCUGUCCUGAUCUGUUUGUAUUUGCAUGGUACAGUAUGUAUAACUGGGCGGCUCACUCGAGAGUCCAGAGGAAGUCGUUUGUGAUCUCUCACUACAGAUGUCAGAUAAAAAAGCCAUUCAUUUCAAGAGAACAGACAUAUUUCGAUCCCCAACGACCUGACAAUGUGAUUGCAGGGCUCUGAGACAAUUAGCCUUUGUGGCCAUUGUCUCUUAUGGUGCUAGAAGACUUCCUGCGUGCAUGUGACCUCAGCACUAGAAGCUCAAAUCGACAUUGAUGAUCCAAUGCUAACACUAGGUGACAGUCUGGAGUCAGCUGGACUGAUUUCAUGUUGUUAGAGGAAGAAACAGCAAAUAUGUAACAUACACUGCCGUUUAAAAGUUUGGGAUGAGUACGCUUUUUAAUGUUUGUUUUUUAAAGACGUUCCUUGCGCUGAUUAAGGCUGCAUAUAUUUGAUCAAAAAUACAGAAAAAAAGCUGUAAUUUUGUGAAAUAUUAUUGCAAUGUAAAAUAACAGUUUUCUAUUUGAAUGUACUUUAAAAUAGAAUUUAUUCCUGUGAAGCAACGCUGAAUUUACUCCAGUUCUAAUAUGAUGAUUUAUAUGGGGCGCCGGACAAAAAAUUGAAGGUUAAAUCGUGUGCAUGAUUUACUAUUUAGUUCCCUCGAUUUAUAAAUUGAGCACACAAUUUACUAAUCCGUUCCCUUAAUUUGCUAAAUCAUGCACACGAUUUAUAAAACGCAAGAGCAAAUUAACAAAUUGUGCGCACGAUUUAGCAAAUCGAGGGAACCAAAAAUUUAUCGUUAGCAAUUUUUAGUACAUAGAGUAAACAAAUUAGUAAAUUGUGUGCUCAAUUUAUAAAUCGAUGGAACAAAUUAGUAAAUCAUGCACAAAAUUUAUAUAUUUUUUCUUGCUUAUCAUAUUUGAAAUAUUUUUUUUAUAAACAAAAAGUUAAAAAGAACAGUGUUUGGUGAGCAAUUUUUCUUUAUUUUUUAAAGAAAUUAAUACUUUUAUUGUAUUAAGUAUUAAGUGGAUAAAAAGGGUUAUGUCUUAAAUUGUUUGAAAAGAUUUCUAUUUUGAAUAAAUGCGGUUCUUUUUAACAUUUAUUCCUUAAAGAAUCCUGAAUAAAAAUCACAGGUUCCACAGAAAUAUUAAGCAGCAUAACAGUUUCACCACUGGUAAUAAAUCAGCUUAUUACAAUGAUUUCUGAAAGAUCAUGUGACAUUGAAGACUGGAGUAAUGGCUGAUAAAUAUAGAAGUAUAUUAAAAUAGGAGACCAAUAUUAGUUUUUUGAUCAAAUAGAUGCAGCCUUGAUCUUGAUCAGCCUAGAAAAAAAAAAAAUAUUACUGAUCCCAAAUUUUUGAACAGCAUUGUAAAUAUAGAUUUAGUUUCCAUGUAGCGGUCCAUAAACUUUUCCGUUCUGGUCUUGGAUGACAAUCUUCUGUUGCGUAUGAUGUGUUGAUGUAAUACGAAUGAAUUUGCUUGCUUUUCUGUUCUUAUGACAAGUAUAGUUAAGUAUCUUUUUAUAUUUAUUUUCUCCAUGUGAAAUGAUUUUAUUCUACUCAUAAUUGGAAAACUAUAGAUCUAAGUUAUGUGUAAAUACUGUAAACAUUUGUCUUCUUUUUUGUGUAAAGUACAAUCUCUGUAGCAUAUAAAUCUACUGGCUUUUUAAUGUUGGGGCUCUUUGCUCAGCAGCCUUAAACUAAUGUACUUCUGUCAGGGAAAAACACCUUGUAAUUCUGGAAAAUUAAGCUUUUUUUUUUUUUUAAUCCAGUAGCAAUUUAUAUGUGGUUGUAAAAUAACAGCCCUGUGAAAGGGCAGAAUACUAUCUCCAAUGCCCUUUGGGGCUCCAGAUUAAUUUUUAUAUGUCUGUAUAAGCUAUUGGUCGAAAUGUACAUGAAAUAUAAAACAAUCAUAAAGCUAAAA